AUGGGGCAGCACUUUAGGUAUGUUCAUGCCGUGCGUGCACGAUUGUCCUUGUCGUUCGCCUCCUCGUGUCGGGGGACACGCAGUGUAGGAUUUAUUUAUAGACAGAAUGUUGGUCGCACGGUACACCCGGAUAUUUCCCUCGACGAAGAAUGCGACGUUGUUCUUUAAAACUCAGAAAACAAUACAAAAUCAUGGAAAGCUCAGUACUGUUAGAAUGCUAUCGUUGGAACCCAAGAGAAUUCACACAACAGCCGAAUGCCGCACGUCCACGGUUGAGAGUGUACGGCCGAAUAUGGGAUUCGUGGAAAGAAUGCUGAGGAAAUCUCGUUUUUUCGAUGUUCAGAAAUAUAGAACAAUGUUCCUGGGUUAUCAAGUGUAUGAACAUGUAAUGGGUCAAAUUGAUUAUCCUUUUUUCUUCAAAUAUUUUAAUAUGCCAGAUACAUUUUUCUCUUGGUUUCUGGUGACGGAACUUCAUGUAUGGAUGAUAAUGGUUCGCUACAUGGCUGAUGAGAAUGAUGGGAAAAUUAUCAGAAAUAAUGCAGUGAAAGCAAUGUGGGAAGAUACGACUGCCAGGCUAGAACAGCUCGGUUCAAUCAGGACCAAAAUUAAAAAUGAACAAAUGCAGGAAAUAUCACAUCAAUUCAAUGCUGCUAUAAUAGACUACGAUGAAGGCAUACAAUCUGAUGACAAAACAUUGGCAGGAGCAUUAUGGAGGAGAUUCUUUCGGUUGGAAUGUAACAAUCCAGAACAUGUUGAAACACUUUUGAAUUAUGUUAGGAAACAGAUUUAUUUAUUUGAUAAUUUAUCAACUCAUGAAAUCUUAAAAAAACCUAUUUUAAAGUUAAUAGAUAUAAAAAGUUUAUGUAAACAUCAAAAAUAAUUAUAUAUAAUUAUGUAAACAGAUAAAACAUUAACAGAUAAUUAGAUGUUAUCUGUUUGUAAAUAUAUAUUGUGAAAAGCAAUUGAAAAAAUGUAAUAAUAAAUUUUCUUGUUUUUUCAUAAAUU